AUGCAGUCCAAUCUCAUGCCUAAUAGACAACAAGGGAACCAGCAGCAGUACCAACCCCGACCACCUCCGCCACCGAGCUCUAGUCCAUCUUUGGAGGAGAUGAUGAAACAACUGAAAGCAACCAUCUCGCAAAAUCAGCAAAGGACGGACUCCGAAAUGCAGGACAUAAGAAAUCAGAUGAGCAAAAUGGCCACAAAAAUCAACCGUUUGGAGUCCCAAGUAAAUGGAAGAUUGCCAUCCCAACCUGAACUGAACCUAAAGAACGUAAGUACAAUGACUUUAAGGAGCGGGAAGGAAAUUCAGGGGCCCGAACUCAUGACUCCAAAGGAUAAGGACGAAGAGAAGAUUGAGAAAGAACUUGAGGCAGAGAAUACAAGCACCAAAAAUCCAACGGGACUCCCUAACCUGAUUAUAGAUGUUAAAACUAAUCCCCCUCCAUUUCCUUGCAGGUUGGAGAAACCGAAGAAGCAGGACAAAGAGAAGAAGAUCCUAGAGGUGUUUCGCAAGGUAGAGAUCAAUAUCCCCUUAUUAGAUGCCAUCAAACAAGUGCUGAAAUAUGCAAAAUUUUUGAGAGACCUAUGUGUCAACCGAAAGCGGCUGAGGGGAGACAAAAAGAUCAUUGUUGGGGAGAAUGUGUCAGCAGUUCUCCAAAGGAAACUUCCACCAAAGUGCGGGGAUCCAGGUAGGUUUACUGUCCCAUGUAAGAUAGGUAAUACUCUAAUUAGGAAUACCCUGCUGGACUUAGGAGUAUCGAUCAACGUAAUGCCUAAAUCUAUAUAUGCUUCUCUGAACCUUGGUCCAUUAAAAGAAAUCGAGAUAAUAAUUCAAUUAGCUGACCGAACAAAUGCAUACCCUGAUGGGUUGAUAGAAGAUGUGCUGGUUAAAGUUAAUGAAUUGAUAUUCCCGGCUGACUUUUAUGUACUUGACAUGGAUGAUGAUCAUUCCCCUGACCCCUCACUUUUGCUACUAGGUAGACCCUUUUUUAGCACAGCACAGACAAAAAUUGACGUUAAUAAGGGUACAUUGUCCAUAGAAUUUGAUGGAGAACUAGUCCACUUUAAUAUUUUCGAUACAAUGGAACAUCCUGUUAACUCUCACACUGUGGAUAAAUUCAAAUUUACUGAGAACAAGUAUAAGGGGAUAAAAGCACUGUAUGAGGUGAAAUGGAAUAGAAAAUUAAGAAAGGAGGCUGCCCUCAAAGGCUAUUUGGAUCCUGGAGUAGGGCCACCGAUUUCCAGGAAAACUGAGUUACACCCAGAUUGA